AACGCUUUGCCCUGGCGGAUUAAUUCGUGUUGUGUGUGCUACGGCUGAUGCUUGUCACUCAUUCUUCGUUCUACUCGCGUGCGUUCCAGGGUAGCGGCAAGGACCAAUUAUAAUAUUGCUAUCAGAAUACAAUAGUUGGAAAACAAAUAUUUCUUCAGAACACAGGACUCGUCCAGCCAAGUCUGUCUAUCUACUCUUCAAGGAGAAUAACUUUGUGAUAUUGCAAUGAUUCAAACAAUGGAUCUCAUCUGGGCAUUGCUCUUCUUUGGCUAUGCAGCCUCCCUGCAAGUGGAGAUCACACCGAUGCAAGGAGAGAUCAGCGUGGGGGAGUCCAAAUUCUUCCUCUGUGAAGUUGUUGGAGACGCAAAGGACAUUGAUUGGUAUGCCCCGAACGGCGAGAAGCUCUUACCGAACAGACAGGACAUCAUUGUGAACCGCAACGACGAGUCCUCGUCCACCCUCACUAUCUACAAUGCUGAUGUGGACAAUGCCGGUGUCUACAAGUGUGUGGCCAAAAAUGCAGACAAGGAGUCUCAGGGCACUGUCAACGUGAAAAUCUUCCAAAAGAUAACCUUCAAGAACGCCCCUUCCCCACAGGAGUUUAAUGAAGGGGAUGACGCUGACAUCAUCUGUGACGUCGUCAGCUCGCCUCCCGCCAGCAUUAUCUGGAAGCACAAAGGCUCAAAGAUCCAGGUUACAAAAGAUGUUCGAUUUAAGAUCAUGGGCAACAACCACCUCCAGAUCCGAGGCAUCAAGAAAACGGAUGAAGGGGCGUACACCUGUGAGGCUCGUGUUAUGGCCAGGGGAGAGAUUGACCUGAAGAUCAUCAAGGUCAUCGUCAACGUGCUCCCUAGCAUCCGCACCAGGCAGUCGGAGGUGAAUGCCACGGCGGACAUAAACCAGUCUGUGAUGCUGGCCUGUGACGCUGACGGCUUCCCUGAACCCACAGUCACCUGGGCCCGUAACAUCAUUGUCCUUGAAUCAGACGAUAAAUACAGCUUGAAUGACGACGGCUCGGAGCUGAUAAUAAAGGAUGUCAAGAAAGUGGAUGAAGGAGAUUACACAUGCAUUGCCCGGAACAAGGCUGGGGAGAAGGAGGAGGAAGUCAGCUUGAAUGUGUUCGUGCAACCCAGGAUCACCUACCUGGACAAUCAGACUGCAUCAGAGCUGGAGGAGCAGAUCACCCUGACUUGCGAGGCCUCUGGAGACCCCACCCCCACCAUCACCUGGAGCUUUGGCCGGAGGUUCUUCACAGAGGGAGAGCAGGCUUCUUGGACUCGGCCCGAGACGUUCGAGAGUCUUGAUGGGAACGUAAUGGUGCGUAGUCACGCACGGGUGUCCUCUCUAACCCUAAAGUACGUGCAGUUCACCGAUGCUGGCCAGUACCUCUGCACUGCCCGCAACUCCAUUGGUCAGGACCAGCAGACCAUGUACCUGGAAGUGCGCUAUGCUCCUAAGAUCCAGGGUCCAGUGACGGUCUACACCUGGGAAAGGAACGCUGCCAACAUCAGCUGUGAGGUUCUGGCCCAUCCGGGGGCCUCGGUGGUGUGGUUCAGAGAUGGCCAGCAGCUGCCUAGCGCGAACACCACCAACGUCAAGAUCUACAACACACCAGCCAUUAGCUACCUUGAGGUCACCCCAGAUUCCCAGAAUGACUUUGGAAGCUACAACUGCACAGCCACCAACUUAAUUGGAACAGAGUCCAAGGAGUUCCUCCUCAUCCAAGCAGAUGUGCCGUCGGCGCCCGCCAUCGAGCGCGUGGAGCCUUUCUCCAGUACAGCCGUUGUAGAGUUUGAGGAGCCCGAUGCCAGCGGCGGAGUUGCCAUCCUCAAAUAUCGGGCCGAGUGGCGCAUGAAGGGCCAAGACUGGACCAGCAGGGAGUACGACGCAGAGGAUGGCCUGAGCAUGAUCACCAUCGUUGGCCUGAAGCCCGAGACCUUCUAUGAGGUCAAGAUGUCUGCCAUCAACGGCAAGGGUGAGGGCGAGAGCUGCACUCCUCUGAACUUCAAGACAGAGCCAGUCCGCUAUACUUUCACAAUUUCGUCAGUGACACCAACCUUCAUUCCUUCAACCAGUGCAGCCCUUAAAGGGGAGCCCAGUCCCCCUAAGCUGGAGGGCAAGCUGCAGACCAUGGGCAACGCCCUCAAGGUCAACUGGAUCAAGCAGGACGAUGGGGGCUCGCCCAUCAAACAUUACCUGAUCAGAUACAGGGCUAAGCACGUUUCGGACUGGAAGCCAGAGAUCCGUCUGCCCCGUGGCAGUGAGUACGUGGUGCUGAGCAGUCUGGACUGGAACACGGAGUAUGAAGUCUACGUGGUGGCCGAGAACCAGCAGGGCAAGUCCCAGCCCGGCACCAUCUCCUUUAGGACUGCAGCAGAGCCUACCGCCAUCCCAGACACCACGACUAGCGGCUCAGGCCUGGGCACGGGGGCCAUCGUGGGGAUCCUCAUCGUGGUCUUUGUGCUGCUGCUGGUGGGUGUCGACGUGACCUGCUACUUCCUCAACAAGUGUGGCUUCCUCAUGUGCAUUGCCGUUAAUUUUUGCGGCAAGUCUGGACCUGGAGCAAAGAACAAGGACAUCGAGGAGGGCAAAGCGGCAUUCAUAAAGGACGAGUCAAAGGAGCCCAUCGUGGAGGUGAGGACAGAGGACCGCACCCCUAACCAUGAAGGGGGGGGACCCACAGAGCCCAAUGAGACCACCCCUCUUACCGAGCCCGAGCCCACUGCUGACACUACUGCCACCGUGGUGGACUUGCUCCCCUCUAUCGCCACUAACUCUGACCCCGUCACUGAGAGCUUUAGCACAGCCCAGAAUAGCCCAGCUAGCGAGACUACCACCCUCACUUCCAGCACAGCUGCCCCAACCCUUGCCCCGACCGAGGCCAAAACUUUCCCUAAUAGCACCCCUGCCCCCAUCAUCCAGUCCAGCACGCCCAAAGCUAGCGCUCCCGCCGCUCAGUUUGCCGCACAAUCUGACGGGGCUCCCCUCGUCGACCUAAGCGAGGCUCCAAAAGCCACGCCCUUGUCCGACCCUAAGCCCGCCACCCCCGCAACCUCUUCCUUAGAGGCAUCCAAGGCCACCUCCAACCUCCCCUCUGCCAAAGCCGAUGCCGCUUCACAGAGCCAGCCCGAACCCAUCCAAAGCACCCCUGCCAGCGACAGUCAGAAUAAGGACUUACAGAUAGACUGCCUGGCCAAGGAUGUGUUUGAUACACUGGGCAAAAGCUCAGAGGCCCCAGCAGACUCCACUGCUGCUCCCGCACCGGCCAAGGACGACGGGAAAAUCAUGACAGAAGAUAAAAGUAUAGCGCCAGAGAUGGAGACAGAGGUGAAGAAAGCCCCGACCGAGGUGAAGACCGUCCCCAAUGAAGCUGCUCAGACAAACGGCAACGAGAGCAAAGCAUGAUCCCGACCGCGAGAAGGGAGGAGGGAUCAGGGGAGGGUUCACGACAGUCCAGAGGAAAACGUCAAACACCACUCCAUCAAAUGACAAAAAGCUACAAAUAAAAAAAGGGUCUCUUUCUUCAGUGUCUUCUAUUAGUUUUCCAAACAAAAGAUGAGUUUGUUAGACAUGUAGAUUGGGAAUAAGACCUCAUGCACAUGCCUUAGUGUUUCUUUCUUUCUUUAUCUCUUAUUCCUUUUGUAAUUUUCUCUCUUUAUUCACAGGAAGAAGGAAAAUCCUUACCUCUAGUUCACUCUCCUUGUCCUCUUUUUGUAUAUAACAUCAAAGUUACCAGUCUUUUAAAUAGGACAGAAGCUAAAUAUCAGUUGGCAUAGAUAACCAUGGGGGAUUGUAGCUUUAUUUCAGAACCAUGCCUUUAUGAUGUGCACACAUAUAAAUCCAACACCUUAUCCACACACUAUUUCCAGUUAUGUUUUCACUUUGUUAUGCAGUAUUGCCAUCAAUAUUUUCACUGCUAAUGGAUUAUGAGUAUGUUUUUAAUGUUUGUCAUGUUUAAAUCAUGUGCAAAAUAACUGCCUUUUAUUGUAUCUUUAUUUUUUUCAUGUAGAAUUUUUGAGAGCUAGAGAUUAGCAUCAGCAUGUCUACUUUGCGGGAAAAUAUUUUUCCAUAUGUUCUUGUCUUUUUUAGUUUUCUUUUCGUUCCUGAAUGUUUACACUGUGUUAACUCUAUCCUAAGAUUGUGUAGACACAACAAAACAAAAGAAGACACCGCAGAAAGACAAUGUUUCAUUCCACAGAAAUUACGCAAUUUAUUGACUCUAAGAUUCCAUUUUUUGGUUAAUUUGCUUUGGUUUUAAUUUGGCAAGAACACACACUUUCUCUCUCUCACACACAUACCUCUAUAUCUUUGUCAUUAAGUCUUCAAUUAGAAGCGCUUUGGACCUGUUCCACACUCCAAGGGUUUCAGGGAUCACCUUUAAUCCUGAAAAUGUUGCAGGUCCCAAGGGCUCGCAGGGAGUGACGGGCAUACAGAGUAGCAUGGCCCACCAUCUUGGCUUACGGGAGAAUGAUGUAAUCAAAGGCCGGAUAUGAGUGGUAGCAGUUGAAUGUACGAACAGAAGCCCUUAAAAUAGCCUAGAAACAGUCCUGUUUAUUCCCCUGAUUGAUGGCUUUGUCCCAUAAAUUCAGAUUACUGUGCCUGUUGCGAACAGCACUUCCGAUUUAGUGAUUUUGGGCCACAUCUCAAAAUGUAAGGGAAGGAAAAAAGUUGGUGUUGUGUUUUUAAGCAUAUUUUUAAGCAUAUAAACACAUUUAGUGGCCAGAUUGAUUCAUUUCUUAUUUAAGCCAUAGUACUCCAGUGUGGAUUUGGGAAAAUCAAAACAAAUAUUCAAUCCGAACUUUUUGUACAGUGUUUCUCAUACUUUAGACUGCAAGCUUGUGCACUGUGAAUGCGUGAAUAUCCUAGUGUGAAUACAAUGUGUUCUUUGUCAUAGAAUAAAAAACAUAUGCAUAGUUUGGUUAUGAAAGGUAUAGCUAAUAGUACAGAUGACAAAAAAGUUGGCAGCAACGAGCAAAUAGACAAUGACAAGAUCAAAAAGACAAUAAGGAGAUGGUGCCUUCUGAAACAUGUCAAAAUGGCGGCAUGCGUUCCAUCCUGCUCAGUGUUUGCCUAUUCCACCUCUAGGAGGCGACGGCGUAAGGUUUCACAUCCGAAUAGUUCUGUCCAUCACCAUGCCUUUUCUGAACGGUCCAAGGAAAACACAGGAAGAGUACUGACAAUGUAACUGAUUUGCAAAGUGUGAAAACAAUACUAAACGGCUAUGUCAUUGAGUUAUUGAAUAUGGAGGUGGUAGGUUGUGUCCACAUUGUUUUCACAUGGCUCCUCAUUCACUAUUUCUCCAUGUGACUAAUGCAAAAAACAAUUUCAUCCCCAAGCAAACAAGGAAAAACACCAUUCAUUCCAAUGAUUAACUCAUGAUAACUACACCAAGAGUUAAGUUUCAAAACAAACACAUAACCUUGGACAUUAUUAAAUACAAUCUCAUUUGGCUUAAAUGACUUGUAGUGCUCACGAUUUGUCCUCAAAACCGAGCAUCCAGCAAUGAAGGUCAAAUGUGUUUUUUCUUGACCUGAAACAAGCAUGCAAUGUACUUUUAUCUUGGAUUUAGAUGGAUUUCAUUGGUAUGGCAGAACUGAAAAGUCCCUGAAAUAGGAAUUGACCAAGGCUUUAUCUGUUGUACAUUGAUCUUUUGAAGUGUAUAAACUCUUGUCUGUUCCAAACUUUUAGUUUUCUUCAAAAUAGACAUCAAGUGCUUUUACUCCACAAGGUUAUGUAAUCUAAAGGGGUAGGUGUGUCAAAAUGACACUGUUUCUGAUUAAAUGUGUAUAAACCAUACCUAACGAUUAUGUCAUUUGAAAAAACAUUAUGGGUUUCUCUUGUCCCAAAAAAAGCUGGAGACUGCUGUGGCUUUUGACCUGUAUUUUCAAAUGCAAUUAUAAUGUGGGACCAAUUUCUAUAUACGUUUCCAUGGAAAUGUUCACCAGUGCACCGUGCCAUGGAACUUAUUUCAGAAAACCAGUCAGGGAACAAAAAAUGCUAUACAUUUAUUUUGUUGAAAAUUCAGUAAGAAGGAAAAACACUCUUUCGCUGACUUCCUCACUUCCUGAAAGUGACCACUUACCUGACACAGUUGGCUUGGUGAAAGGGAGGUGCCAUCAUAUUGCUUUCACCUCACCAAACAUGCCAGACUAUUUCAAGGAAUAGAGGAAGUAGAAAAGUGUUUUUCAAGUGUUUGAAUGGAGACUAGGGCCAUAUUCAGUAAGAAAACACUGUGGAACAUUGCAGAUAGAAAUGCCAUUGCUAGAGCUGAAUGAUUUCUUAUGUGUAGGCCCUACGAGAUAGAAAUGUAUGAUGUAGAACAAAAAUCCCGAUCUAGUAAGCGUCCCGAUCUGGUAAGCGUUGUGUCCUGCUGAACGCUGCCCAGCUAUUCCAACAAGCUUUGAAGUCUCUUACUCCGAUAGCCAAACAAAAGUCUGUUAGGGACCUUGUCCCACCAAACCAAGACCUUUCCCAGUAACUUCCAUUUUCAUUCCUACCCACCAUUCCUUGCUUUUGGGGGCCUUCUCUCUUAUAUACAGAUUUUUACUAAGUGAAGCAUUGGUACCACCUCUCUUUCCACUGUCACUGGUGUAAAUACUGAGUACUAACCGGAAAAAAAACAUUUUGACUUUACAUUCUGUCAGAAAUUGUGUUCAAUAAAGUUAAAGAAAAAAUCAUUGCGUAAUUGACGUUUACUUAGCCACAACAAUGACAAGAAGAAGCCCCUCGAAGAAAGUAUUCUGUAGAUGUUUUGUUGGAAUUUUUGUUGCUCAUGACUUCAGAAAUAGUGUCAAUAAAAAAAUCAAUAUUU